GAAGAUCUCUACAUACAAUAGCAUGUUGUAUCGCGGCUGUUACAUCUGUCAAUCUAAGGGCUCUAACGCCACUAGUAUUGGUAACGGAUAGCAGCUAAUACUUCUUGGCUAGCUUUUUUGCUGCGAUUGUCUGACUUAGAUGAGUUCCUUGAAAUGUUUACUGGUGUUCGUCCAUUUGUUAAGGGCACAUGGCAUCUCCCUGCUUUUUGGCUAUACUGUGACGGACGUUCGUUUCCCCCCCAAAGUUUGUUAACCACGGUUUGUUUAGUAGAAAGGAGCCAAAGCGCAUGCAAUCUGUAUAUAGAUGCUAGCUGUUGUUUAGACAGUGUAUUUGUGCAAUACACUGCAGGAUAAAGAUACAUAUAUGCCUUGCAGGUCCACGACUGUCGUCUCUGCUGUUCUACUAUCGUCUGAUCUCCUGACUUGCAUCUCUCCGCCAAAUAAACACAGCAAAGAUGAGUAUCAAUGUAUCCACAAGACACAGCAAGUUACCACGUUGUCUAAAAGUUGACAUAAGCAGGUGGGAAUGGGAUGUUACUGUCCGCUCAAUUGACCAAAACCCAACCGCUACUGGUGUAAGAGUUCUCUCACUGGAUACGACCGCAGAUCGAUUCGUCCGUUCGGAGAAGACUCUUCCAUACCUCAGGCGAAAGCUGCCAAAAUCCGACGCAAAUCCGACCUACGAUUACCGGGGGGGUGAGGCAGUCAUCUUGCGUUACCUGUUUUACGUGCUGCCGAACCUUACUCAUCUCUACCUACGUCUCUCUGGCAUUGAGAGUGCAUCCUAUUUCACACGAUUGAGGGAAACUCCAUUAUUGAGCCUGAAGAUUCUCAGAGUACAGUAUCUACGGCGUCAAUGCUCGCUGUGUUUGAGCGCCUGUUUUGGUCUUUUCGACGCGGCACCUAGUCUCGAAGAAAUCAGGAUUGAUGACUGCGUCAUGAAUCUUGGGAUGCUUAACGAAGAACUGAAUCUUCCAAAUGUCAGAAAGGUUCGACUCAUCAAUGUCCAGUUUUUCAAAGACGAUACAAGUUCUCAGGGCACCCAACACUUCCCACACAACAACUGCCCUAGACUUCGCGUGGUGGAAUGUAGCUUCCAAUUCGAUGCGAAGGCCGACUCCGAGCUAUUUGCUACACCUUCAGAUAUGCUAGUAGCUUUGAAGCCAGUGGCGACUCAGCUCCAUGGACUGGAACUUAUUGUGGGGACAGGAAAUCCGCCGCACAAGUAUGGUCGUAUCGUUUCACUGGCCGGAUUUUCGAGGCUAGAGGCCGUCUCUAUUGCCACCGAGUUCAUCGAUGAUAUUUCUUGCUUUAUUCGGACGCUCCCACGCUCGGUCAGCAGGCUUUAUUUGCAUGUUACGAAGAGCGAAGUCGUCGAAUUUAUGUUGGAUGGCAUGUAACUAGGAUCUUAUGUAGGCAACGGUGGAGGGGACGGCGCGGUAUUGGUCCGAGGCAGCAAGCGUUAAUGAUUGUCCGGGGUAGGCGGGUGGCUAGCUGGAGAGGGAAAGGAUGGCAAGCUAGGUCGUCGGUUGCUUAGUUUUGUAAGGACUAUGUCAAUUCUCCGUGGUCGUGAG